AUGGAGACAGCAAAGAAGCUCUCUGCUCUCUUCUGCUUCUCUUCUCUCUUCUGCCUCUUCUUCACCAUUAACCAAGCUGUCUCUGAGUCCGAGCACAUGGAAACUUUCUGCAACAAACCAUCCAGAAACACCACUAGCAACAACACAACUUACGACACAAAUCUCAACACUCUUCUCUCCACUCUUAGUAACCAAUCAUCAUUCGCUAACUACUACAACCUCACGACCGGUCUAGCUUCAGACACAGUCCAUGGAAUGUUCUUAUGCAUUGGAGAUGUCAACAGAACAAGCUGCAAUGCAUGCGUCAAGAACGCAACAAUCGAGAUUGCCAAAAACUCUCUCACGCCGUAUUAUUACAUGGACGUGACUCGAUUUGAUGGCUCCUAUGAUCUUGGCUCUCUUGUUCAGUGUAGUCCACAUUUGGAUCCUGAAAAGUGUACUGUCUGA